AUGUCCUACUCGUAUACAGUGACGGAGCGCAAACGGAAGACGACUACCUCUGGCGGGUACGGAUACUCAGGCAGCAGGUCGACAUUUGGUUACUGGGUUCCCCUUGCUCUCACCGUCACAGCAGCCACUAUCGGUCUUGCAGCAUGGGUCUGGGGUGAGAGGAAGGAUGACGAGGAGGAAUCGAGUGAAGAUGAACAAUUCCAGGGAGGCGUCCCUCCUGCAGGCUAUGCAUCGAUGAGCGGCGCUCUACCUCCUGGACCGCCGAUGGCGCCUGGCUUCCAAGGAGGGCCGCCUCCUCAAGGCGGUGCUCCCAUUCCAAUGACGCCCGGUCCACAACAGCCGGGAGGGUUCGGACCCCCGCCACCUCCGGGUGGUUACCAAGGGCCUCCACCACCGGGCGGUUUUCAGGGACCUCCUCCGCCUGGAGGAUUUCAGGGUGGUCCUCCGCCUCCGGGAUGGCGAGGGACAGAAGAGGAAUACCGUGCUCGGUCGACGGCGGUAGAGGAGGAACAGGAGACUGGCCUCGUCGCUCGCAUGUCAAGUGCACUGGGUUUCGGCCGCUCAACUACUCCCUCAGGCGAUCGCUCGCGCAGCCAGGGUCAAACUCAGUCGUACGACUGGGCCAAUAAGCCAUUUGCUUCCGCUACGGCGGCAGCGGGCGCGAUGGUUGGUGCCGCCAUAAGUACCCUAAGCGGCGGAGGUGGCGAAGCCUAUGAAGACCAUGAACGAUGGAGUGAGGAGGCCGAACAGCGAGACAACAACCGCCAGAUCAAACAAGGCAUCAAGAGGCGCGGAACUGCUGAAGAAUUCUUUUCCGGAAGCAUAGAACUUCCCAAAUCUGCGUCUAUCGCCAACCGGAAAAGAAAGACUGUGGCUGUAGUAGUGUCGGCCGUUGGGUUGGAUGCUAAUGCCGAGUCGGAUGCUGAGCAACAUGCGUCGAUCCUUUCACAUCUCCCAGAAUACAUCGAACCCGACACAACACGAGUCUUCGUCCUCAUCUACGCACCAGAUCUAAAAACGCACCCACUCAGCCACGCCCCUAGAAGACCCUCUCAGUCUAUGGCAUCUUCGUUCUCAAACAUUAGCCACACGGAUGCACAUACUCCGGCCCAAACACCGGGGGAAUUCCCUAAUGAUGGCAUCCUGACUCAAGUAGAACCGAGCCCCCUUGACGAGUCAACUUCCCUCUUCAAGACCUUGUACACUCAAGCCGUGGUUAUUGUGGACAAAGAUACUAUGGUACUACCCUAUACCUCACCCAACGGACACAAACAUAUUCUCCGCAGCCUUUCGCCAGAGGUCGUGUAUAUCCAAGAAUCCCUCUGUGGCCGUGACGGCGAGAUCGUCUCAGACUUAUCCGGCUGGGUAAAGCAGACUGUUAUCGUUAUUGGUGACGAAGGAGGACAUGGUGGAUUGAUCGAUACGGAUGACGAAUCGGUGACUUACAAGAACACAGAAAAGUGGUGGCAGAAGGAAGAGAGGACGGGACUAGGAAAGAGAGUAGCUGUCGUGGAGAGUCUGAAGAUUGGAGAGGAUUGGGACAGGCGGAUCAAUGAAAAGGAUUGA